CCGCACCCCGGGCCUGCGGCCGCCGCGAGCUUAGGCCGGCGUGUGCGCUCAUCGGUGUCUGGGCCCUGGCCGGCGGAGAUCCCGGACGGAGGGAGGUGCUUCGGGCGUCCUCCCCAGGCCCCUCCGUGCGUCCUCCCCAGGCCCCUCCGUGCCGCCCGCGGCCCGCACCAUCCCGGAGCCGGAGGCCCCUGGUGGCCUGCCUGGGACUCCCCAGGGAGCCCGGAGGAACGCUGGCUUCCUUUGUUAACAAAAAGAGAAGGCGGGGGCGGGGGGAGCGGGCGCUCUUUCCGAAACGCCCCAAAUUCCGCGCGCCGUGCCCUCCAUUGCGUCGGGAGUAUCUUCCCGGGGCCUCCACCACUUCUCCUCGCCUCACUUUGAAGGGAAGCUGUUGGAACUUAGGGAAGAGAAAUCGCGCCUUGAAAGGAGGUUAGCCCGCUUCCCCCUUUCCGUCGAGCGAUAACGGACCCGGUGUGGACGUACCAAUUUGGAAUUGGGGAAAAGGGCCGAAAGAUUCUGUGGACAAUCACAAUGGGAAGCAAAGGAGGCUCCAUCCUGCUCCUGCUCGUCUUGGCUGUCCUCUGCCAUUCAGGUGGGAGCCUGACCUGCUACACCUGUGUUGACAACAAAGCCUGCAAUAAGACCACCGUGUGCUCGGUUAAUUUUGAUACAUGUCUUUGGGUCAAAGCUGAGCCAGAAGUUUUUCAACACCAGUGUUGGAAGUUUGAUGAUUGCAAUUACAACUACAUUUCAAAAACCCUCGGGCUGAGGAAGCUGGAGUACCACUGCUGUCAACAGGACCUGUGUAACAGGGACGCGGCCGCGAGCAUCUCCGGGAAGACGGCUCUCCUGCUGGUCCCUUUGCUGGCGGCAGUCUGGACCCUUUGUCUCUGAAGCGAUAGCGGGAGGCCUUCUCCUAACCUUUCCGCUUCUGUAUCUUCCUUAUUUCUGUGGCUGCUGCAUUCCAAAGGCUAUUUUUCCCCUGGGUCCUGCUGGGAAAGACUAAAACUAGCUCAAGCAACUUGGUUAAGAGAGAGACUCUGAGAGACUUUGAAGACCAGUCCUGUCUGCAGUGAAGACCCGUCGGAGGGACAGAACGCAGACAUGCAGCACAUGUGACGUGAGCUAGGUCCCAUGCAUCUUCCCCGGCUUUCUGCAAGAGCCGCUUUGCGGUGACAGCUUGAGCACCCUAGAUUCUUGGCAUGCCCGGUCAUUUCCCCUCCGGUUCCUUGGAUGUAGUUAUUAAAUACUCUAAUCAGUGCUUUUUGGGUUCGGAACAGGGGAUUCUUUUCAACAGCCUCUCCCAGGGGAUGCUUUCAUGCUCUCCCUUUAUGGCCCCCAUGCUGCUGCGCAGGCCCGACCAGGCGCCCACGUGUGGGCUGCCAGUCAGGGGCCGUGAGACUCUCCGUGCAGGGCGAUCGCAAUGACGGGUGUCUGGCAGGGAAGGAGGGGAGCUUCCCACAUGGCAGGGUGUGGAGCCCCCAGGUCUGUCUUCCGAGAGGUAGCCUUGGCUAAAAUCCGAGUUUUCCUCUGUCCCUCAGUUGUGAAUGGGCUUUGCUGUCUUCACUAGGAAAAUUUAACAGCAUAUAUUAAUGAUGUGUUAAAACUAUCCCCCCAACUUUUGUAUUGGGUUGGUGGGGUAUCUUGGAUUUGUCACACACAGUUAAAGACUGAACGUUUGUUGUUUUAAGUAGUACUGGUAGCAGAUCUCUUCAUCCGUGUCUGUAUGCUGGGUGAGCCCAAAGCGAAGAGCCCCUGGGGCUGCAGCUUGGGGCCUCCAGAUGUCCUCAUGAACAGCAACGGGGGUGUGUUUUACCUGCCCACCCCCGGCCUGUUGAGCCCUGGCUGACCUAACACAGUUUGCAGAGAAGACAUUUGUCAGGGUUAUUAACACAAUCACAAAUGUUGAGGCUUUUGGAAGCUCUCCCGGUUUCCUAAAAAGUGAUAUACCUUUUUAGGAGGGCAGAGUUUUGCGUUUUUCUUGUGCGUGUUGCUGAAUAAUUCUCAAGAUCCAAUAGACAUAAGGACACUUGUUUUCUUAUCAUCUUGACUGUCUUUAACAGCAUAGCUUGACUUCUUGCAGAUGAAAGUGGGAUUUCACGAUUAACAUUUUUUUAAACCCCUUGAUCAUAUAAUCUGUGGGACAAACUGGAAUGACUGAUGCCUUUCCAAAAAUCAAAUGUAAUCAA